GAUCCUCUCUUUAGUCACUUGUACCGGAAGAUCAUCUUAAAAUUAAAUAUCCGACUAUUAGUAGUAAAAGAUAGCUCGCUGAAAGCAAAGUUAGCAGCCCUUUUCUACUAGGGUAAAUAGCUGACAUAGCUUUACGUCGUUAUCUCACGAUUGUAUUGUUCUUCUGUGUACAACGAGGAGGGGGAUGGGGUAUGAUUGUAUGGAUCGCGAGUUAUUGUAAUGUCAAGUUGAUAAGGCCAACUGGGGUCCUUAUCAUUUAAAAUCAUUCAUGCGGAAGGAAACAUCAGUCAAGAAAUACCACGCGAUGCCUCUAAGAUGCCUCUAACAGGCUGAAAAAGGAAAACCUCGAGGAUAGAUCAGAAAACCUAUCUUCAUGGAGACAAGUUUGCACGAGGUCGGUCCCAGGCCCCGCGGCUCAGUAGGCAGUCUAGGAAGCCUGUCAGUCACAACAAACGACCAAUCACUGGACGCGAAGUUCGAGUCCUGCUUUCGCGACUUCCAGGGCCCUGAUUUGACGGUUGAAAAGUACUUUGUUGGGGCUGCAGAAAAUUAUCAGCUGGCGGGAGAAAGUCUGGACGAGAUUCUAAACCACAUAGAUGAAAUCAAAGAGGCAAAACUUGACAGCGCAAAAGAUGAAACACUCAUCUCAAUCAUCGACUCGUUCAACCCUCUCCAUAUCGCCGCGGCUUGCGGAAACGCAGCGGCUGUUGGCAGGCUCAUCUACGAGUGCGGUAUGGGCGUCAACAACGUAGCGGUCGGUCAACGGACUCCUCUACUACUAGCAUGCGCUUCUGGGAAUGUUGAAGCUGUUCGUACUUUGAUAAGUGAAGGCGCGAGCGUAAACCUGGCGCGAGACGAUGGGAUAACGCCACUUAUGAUGGCGGUACUGACCAAUACGAAAGACACCGUCUCGUUACUCUUAGAGAAUGGCGCAAAGGUGAAUACAAAAGCUUUUAAAAGGCUUGCUGCGGUUCACUUUGCGGCUGCUAACGGCUUCAGGCAUGUGCUCCGCCUGCUACUUCAAUGCGGAGCCAAGAUAGAUGGCAAGGUACAAGAAGGGUGCACUAGUCUGCAUUUGGCUGCACUGUUUGGACACACGAAAACAGUGGCAUCCUUGAUAAACAGUGGAGCAAACGUUGGGGCAAAAGACCUUCAGGGUUACUCGGUACUUCAUUACGCAUCCUACAGUGGCGAAGGAGCGAUUGUAGAUCUACUACUACGACACGGAGCUAGGAAAGAAGAAUUAGACAAAAAUCAGUUUACGUCUCUUCAUAUAGCCGCCCAGUGGGGCCGCGCUGAAGUUUGUAAGGUCUUAGUAAGGAACAAGGCUAACUUAAAUGCCCACGCCCCCAGAAGAGUAACCCCUCUAAUGCUGGCUGCGUACAAUGGAAACUAUGAAGCUACAGAUGUGCUAUGCGAUAGUGGGAGUAUUUUGCAAGCGCGCAAUUUGUCCGGGAGAACAGCGCUCCAUCUUGCGUCCGAAGGGGGCAAAUCCGACAUCGUGAGAUUGCUUCUGAAGAAAGGGUCGUACAUUCAUACACGCGACAUACAGGGCUACACUGCACUUCACAGAGCAGCCCAAGCAGGCCAGACCAAAACCUGUAAAGUCCUCAUUGAUAAUGACGCCGAGGUCGACGCGUGCAGCGAGAAAGGCACUACGCCUCUUGUGUUAGCAGCGAAUAGCGGGCGCCAUAAAACAGUCAAGAGCUUAAUCCAGAAAGGGGCAGAUAUCCAAGUGCGCCAUCAAUCGGGAAAUACACCUCUUCACUUUGCGUCUGAAAAAGGCCAUCUAGAUGUUGUGCGAGUUCUUCUCGAAAGAGGGGCGUCUCCAAAUGCCAAGGACUCGUGGGGUCUGACUCCUGUCCACCGAGCAGCGAAGAACGGUCACGAUGCCGUUCUGGAGUUGUUAAUAGCGUACCGGGGGCAUAUCACUUCAAUGGAUAACUGGCAGUAUACACCGCUACACCGAGCAGCCGAAAAUGGGCACGAGUCCACACUCAAACUACUGCUCGGAGCUGGAUGCAAAAUCGACCCCAAGGAUAAAUGGCAGUUUACACCGUUGCACCGUGCUGCAGGUAACGGGAAGAAAGAAGCGAUCAGAGUGCUUUUGUCCUUGCAGUCGGAUGCAAAUGCGCGCGAUUGGUCGGGUUAUUCGCCACUCCAUAGGGCCGCAGAAGGAGGUCACGUGGACACGGCACUUUUGUUGAUAUCCUUUGGGUGUGGUGUUAAUGAUACAGAUAACCAGGGGUUUACUCCCCUUCACCGCGCCUCCGAGAACGGUCACGCUGCCACCGUGAAGAUGUUGAUAGACGCAGGAAGCGGUAUAAACGCUCAUGCGCACGCUUUCAGACUGAGCCACGACGUAAACAACAACAGCGACGACAACAAAUGUAGAUCUAUGGAGGAACGAGGACUAAACAGAGGACCCACGGCGGUACAUCUUAGUGCGCAAAACGGACACGUGGACACUCUUGAACUGCUGCUUCAGAAUGGUGCUGACCGGGACGCCUUGGAUCUCUGGGGCUCAACCGCACUUCACAAGGCAGCGGGGGAUGGGCAAACAGAGACAGCUAGAGUGCUCAUUCAAAUUGGCUGCAACGUCAACGCUAAAGACAAGUGGGGAUACACUCCGUUAAUUAGGGCAGCUGAGAGUGGUCACCCUGAGGUCGUUCGGUUAUUAGUCGGAAAAGGUGCAGAUGUCAAUAUCAUGGAUCAAUGGAAUUGUACGCCGUUAUACAGAGCCGCGAAAGCUGGCCGUGUGAGAUGCGUCAAAGAACUUAUCAAGCAUGUGCAAGUGGUUGAUACCGCAGACCGCUGGGGAUUUACUCCUUUUUUACGUGCAUGUCAAAAUGGGCACACCGCUGCUGCUGAAGUUUUGCUGGAGAACGGAGCGAAUAUAAAUGCGUGUGUUAAUGAGCAGACGACUGCUGUGUUGUUAGCAGCGUAUGGCGGACAUGCUGACACUGUGAGCAAGCUAUUGGAGAAUAAAUUGGAUGCCAACGCCACAAUGGAUAAAGGAUACACGGCCCUUCAUCUUGCGAGCCAGAACGGUCAUGCUGACGUCAUCAGGGUCCUCUCUGCGUAUGUCAAUUCGCUAGACGUGUCAGACAUACUGGGCGAUACUCCGCUGCAUUUAGCCGCGUACUUCGGACAUACGAAGGCCGUGGAAACACUCCUCAAGCUCGGAGCUAACCCAAAGAUGGAAGAUAAAGCAGGUUUUACUCCACUGAUGCGAGCAACGCAAAGUGGCAAUGAAGAGGUAGUGAGAAUGUUGACAAAUAGCCCCUCCAAACAGACAUGUCUUUGCGGACGAACAAAACAGAGAAACAAAGGAAAGAACCUCAUAUGCAAAAGCUGUAAAGCGUGUGGAUUAUUCACAGUCCCAUUGGCGAUUGAAGCUGCAAAAGAUGGUAGUCCUAAUAAUCAGGCUAAGGGGUUGAUAAUGGUGUAAACAGAAUCGAAAAACAAUACAAUUUCAAUGGAGAAUACUACAGUAUAUUAUAGUUACUGGUAACUGGACGUUACCCUUCUAGAGAUGGAACCUUUUUUUUCUUUUAAUUGAAGUGGAGGUAAGACAAAGAAAUUCCUCUCUUAUCCUUCUACCUUCCUAUUACCCCUUAGCUACGUGUAAGUAUAACACGUAUUUAAAAGAAAAUAACAGCUGCACCUGAGCCUUUUUCCGUCCACCAUUAACUCGAGUCUAGUUCAAAUUGGGCGAAGUGGCCUUUUAAGCCUUUUUGAGAGUGACACAUGUUUCGUUCACAGAGUCUUGAGACUACCUUUUUUGUGCUCUAAACAUAGUCUAAAAGAUACUUGACGUACACCACCAAAUAACCUUAAAAGAAGUAUACUGUAUUUAGCGACGUAAUGCAUUAUGAGUGCUAACGAAAAUUACCAGUUUUCUUUGAAAGCCUAAAGUAGCAUAUUUGUAUAGGUAAACUAUGUGAUGAAAUCUCGAAAUAACCAUGUAAUAACCUUGUUUUAAAUCGGAAAUAUUGUGCUUCCCUAAAUCAGCCGAUGGAAAUAAAUGCUUUUUCGCAUUC